ACGUGGCAAUGACAAUAACAAGUAAGUUAGGUUAUAUUGUAAGCUAACUAGUUUUUCUUAUAAAAUUUAACAUUCCUUAAUAAAGAUUUCUAUGUUAGGAUGUGAAUUAAACCGAUUGUUAUACAAUAUUAUAUAAAUAAUGGAUUCACCUGUGUUCGUAUUAGAGACAAUUCGACAAGGAAUUACCGAAAAUAAUUUGCAGCUUAAAGCUUUAAUUCAAGAUAUUGAUGAAUGUGUGGGGCCUCUUGUAGAACUACAAGCAUUAAAUAAUGCAGGUCGUUCAAAAAUAAGUACUCUAAGAAAAUUGAUAGGAAAGCUAAGCGAUAUUGCAAAAGAAAGUAAGCAGCCACAUUUACUUAAAGAUGUUCUUUUACAUAGAGAACAAUUGGCAAGUGGUAUGGCUGCUUUUAAAAAAGCCAACCUUAAAUCUAUGCUUGCUAUAGAAAAAUGUGCAAAAGAAGAAUUACUGAAACCUAAAAAUGAAGAAACAACCCUAAAACAACGCCAGAAACGUAAUAAGGAACAUAUGGCCACAAUUAGCUCUAAUGUAACAGAUCAACUACUCUCUAUUAGUAGACAAUUAGCAGAUACUACAAAUAAAAGUGCAGUCACUUUGGAAACAUUGGCUAGCUCCUCUGACAGUGUGACUGGUACACAACAGGAACUUAAAGUUACUUCAGGUGUGAUUGGACAAUCUGGAAAAUUGUUAGCUAAAUAUGGGAGACGUGAAUUUACAGAUAAAAUUUUAAUGUGUUUUGCAUUUGCGUUUUUCAUAGCUUGUGUUGUAUACAUAGUUCAGAAGAGGUUAUUUUAAUAAAAGUGAUAUUUAUUUUAGACUAAAAA